UUGAGCCUCCUUCCAGGCGCGCCACUCUGUCUCUAUAUACUUUUUUUUAUAUAUAUUCUUCCUCCUUUUCUCUCCUCGUCUCUCUUUGUCUCUCUUCAAAUUUCAAAGUAGAUCUUCUCUCAGAUCUGUUUCUUCAUCGCCAUCUCUUCAUAUUUUUUCCCUCACUUGAAUGGAUUCUCUUCCUGAUGCCAUUGUCCAGUACAUUUUGUCACACUUUAACAAUGCGCGAGAUGUUGCAGUUUGCAAUUGCGUAUCCAAGAGAUGGAAAGAGUCAUUGCCUUACCUUAAGAGUCUCUACUUUCCUCGCAACUCCUUCGAUGGUUACUCCGGCAAUGAUAACCCUGAUGUGGUUGUCUGGAAAAUGCUUUCGGAAAUUGUGUGUUUAGAGGAGCUUGUUGUUUACAGUUCAUUCACCAGUUCAGGCCUUGCUUCAUGGCUAUCACUGGUGCAUUCAUCGCUCAAGUAUCUUGAGCUCAGAAUGGAUAAUAUUACUGAUUAUCAGGCUUGUAUUGAUAGUCCUUCCAAAUUGGACUGCAUUAGUGCAGCCAAGAAUUUGGUGUCUUUGAAGCUUUGGGGUGUGCUAAUGGCUAAUCCACCCAAGUGGGAUGUUUUUAAAAACCUAGAAAGCCUUGAAAUUGUUGGAGCAAGGUUGGAGGAUCCUGCAUUAUCUGUUGCACUGAGGGCUUGCCCUAACUUGACUAACUUAGUACUGCUUGGUUGUGAAGGGGUUAGAUCAUUUUCAGUUGCGUUGCCGUAUUUAGAGCAGUGUAAGCUGGACUUUUAUGGCUUGGGGAACUGCUCCCUUUCUCUCACUUGUCCGAAAAUCGAACUCCUUGAGGUGCAAGGUUGUAGUUGGAUUCGAGUUCGCGAGACAACAUGCCUGAGGAAGCUUUCGAUUGCUAACAAUGCUGGCAGAAUAUACAUGGUAGACUUUGGGAAGCUUUCGGCCCUUGAAUCCUUAUCAAUGAGGGGUGUCCAAUGGUGUUGGGAUGCAAUAAGCAAAAUGUUAGAGUGGUCUAGUGAGGUGAAGCAUCUCUACAUGAAGGUUGAAUUCACGGGAGAUUUGGAGUCCCUUUUGCCCUUUCCAGAAGUCGACUUUGUUGAUUUUUUUAAUAGCCAUCCCAAGCUGCAGAAGUUUGAUAUUCAUGGAGCCAUGUUUGCUGCUCUUUGCCAGAAAAACAGCCUGAAAAAUGUAGAACAGAGCUUUGUGAUUCCAUGCCUAGAGGAAGUUGUAGUCCAAGUAAGAUCACCACUGAACGCUGAACAGAAAAUGAGCACUCUGGAGUCCCUUUUGAAGCAUGGGAAAAACUUGAAGAAGAUGGUAAUAAGGAUUCUUCAAAUGAAGAGCAACCAUAGCAGCACAGAUGAUUUCUUCGAUGAGAUAUGCAGGCUUAGGUUUAUGAACCGCAAAAUAGUUCAAAUCGAAUAAAACUUUACAAGACUGAAGAAUUUUGACUGGCUAAUAUAAGACGGUUUGAUUAGAUUAUUGCUUCAUGAUGAUUCUCUUGAAGAUACUUUUGAUGUUUCUAAUUUCAUCUCUAUUGUUAGGUAUCUUGACCUUCUGU